AUGUUUAAAGUGUUCAGGUCUUCUGCUAUUGAAUCUAAUUAUGCUGUGUCCACGAAUCCUUUGUUUGUGAGCGAUCCAUGGACGAUAUAUCCUGCUAAGCACAAAGUCUCCAAGAAGAACUGCUCGGUAUUCUCUUUCAACAAGAAGAACUUCGAGUCCUUGAUGGUGAGGCAGGGAGUUCUCGGCAAGUCCAAUAAGAGUGUCUUUUUGGAGGAUUGUUAUAAAGUGCUAGAGAAUUAUAUCACCAACUUGUCCAGGUUCAAACAUCCAAACAUCCUUACUGUUCUGGAACCUUUGGAAGACCACAAGUCAAGAAUGCUAUUUGUAACAGAAUACGUCACUAGCGAUCUGACAAAUUUCCCAAAACAAGAUUUGGAUGAGAUCAUAAUAUCCAAAGGGCUUCUGCAAAUAUCGAAUGGUGUCAAAUUUCUGCAUCAAAACGCUCAUAUGGUUCAUUUGAAUAUACAGCCAUCCUCCAUUUUCGUGAAUGAGAGCUUCGACUGGAAACUUUCGGGUUUCAACUUCGUGAAACCGGAUACAGUUUCAGAGUACUAUGUUGACAAGCCUGACUCUCGAAUGCCCUCUUUCUUGAGUUUGAACCUCUGCUUUUGCUCUCCUGAGUUAGUGAUGGGACAUACAUUGAGCUACAACGCAGACCUGUUCUCUCUGGGUUGUCUGAUAUUCUACCUCUUUAAUUCAAAGACCGAUUUAGAUACCAGUACAUUGCUGAAAUAUGAUGGAACUUCUCUGAGCACAUAUGAGAGGUCAGUCACGAAGAUGAAAACUGCUAUUUCGGGGCAGAUCAGUGUUCCGGGGGUCCAGACAAUGUUCCGCAACAUCCCUAACAACUAUCUGGACAUGUUCGUGAGGCUGAUAUCAUUAUAUGAGUCUUCACAAGAUUCCAUUGAUCUGGGUAACCAUCUCACCAUAGAUGAACUCAUCGAGAGCAAGAUAUUCAACAAUGACCUGAUCAAGAUCUUGAAUGUGAUCGAUGAGUUUCAGACCAUGACCAUCACCGAGAAGAUUGUGUUUUUCAGAAACCUCAAGAAGUCUAUCAAUUAUUUCCCCAAGGCUUUGCUCUUAAAUAAGUUUCUUCCCGUGCUGACAGACGUCCUAGUUCCAUACUUUCCCGAUGAAUCUAGGUCUAAGAAAACCGCAGCCGUCCAAAUUGGAGCUGAUGACGAGACUUUGAUCUCGCUCGUAUUAGACAAUCUGCUUUAUCUCAGCAAGGACUUGUCUCAGUUGUCUUUCAACGAUAAGGUGUUCACGAACUUGCAAAAGCUACUCAAGUUGGACCUUGCCAGUUGUAAGCUUUCCAUGAUUGACCAUCUGAGAUUGAUACAGGACAGGCUUGGACUAUCUACGGUGGAGUCUGGCAGACAAUCAGAAACUUUCGCUGCUUUCUUGGUUCAGCUAUUUGAGCAAUCUGUCGUUUUACGUCCAAAUCAGCAACAAGCGCUGUUGCAGAUGCAGGAGCAUGCUCUUUUGAAUCUUUCUCUGUUUCUUCAGUUUCAAUCCUACACUACAAUUACACACAAGUUGUUCCCACUGAUAUGUGAUAUUUUUGCCAAAACAACUUCAUUGAAGGUUAAGAAUCUGACCAUCAAGUCCUUCAUUCUGCUCAUUGGAGAUGGCAGCAAAGUCAAUUCCAGGACCGAUGACAAGUUUCUGGACAACUAUCUAAUCAUUGACAAGCUUCUUCCGGUGAUUCAGAAGACUUCAGUGAAGAACUUCAAGAACUCUCAGAUUCUCACGAACAUGGUGAGUCUUUAUCAUCACAUAUUCCUGAAGAUGUCUUCUACGAUGAAGUCAAUGAAUCUCGAUCGCAACGGGAGCUCUAUUCUGGAUAUUAUCAUGGAGCAAGUGUUCUUUGAGUUGUGGAAACUCUCCAAGUUCGUGCAUAGCAAAAGAGACCUUGAUGAGGUUUUGAGCAUCAUUCGCAGUGUCCAAGAAUUUUUAGUUGAAAAGAGUACUGAAGCCGUCGUGAAGAAGGAGGCCAACUCAACAGCAUUGAGCACAGUCACUAGCAACGAUGAACUCAACGAUGAGGAUGAGUUUGGAGACUUCGAUAGCGCGGCGACAUUCCCUUCUGCGCAGCCUCCAGCUGUCCAAGCCCCAGCUGCUUUCAGGCCUCAGGAAACUCCUAGAUACACACAGCCGUUCCCACAGCAGAAGCAACCAGAAUUGGAACCAUCACGAAUCGUGCCCUUGAAAAAAUCAAACGUGAUUUCACUCACUCCUAAAACAGCUUCCUCGAGCCUGGGAUUUGGUGCAACCUCUUCGCAAUCCGGAAACAACCCGAUUCAGAGGCUGAAUGGCAACGGUUCACUCCAAACAGCUGCUCCGAUGAACUCGCUCAACGCUAUGCUUCCAUCCAAUUCCACUACACAGCAGCCCCAAGUGAUUCAGCCCUCGGGAAUAGAUUGGUCUAAGGCCUCACCGUCACCCACUACAUCAAGCUUCUCGCCAAAAAUAACCCCCAUGAACUCGUCUUUCAAAAAGCCAGUGCCUGGCGCCCCACAGGGGUUUACAGGUGGAAUUCUACAACCAACGAAAAGAGUCAGCAGUCCAACACCGCAGCUGUCGACUCUUCACAUAAACCAGAAUGCUAAUGCCACCAACAAACCAAAUGCUAAUGAUACGCUGUUUGACAGUUUGAUAUAG